UGAACCGACGGCCCUCUCUCGGUGGAAGACCGCGUCCGAGUGACAGCCAGUCUCUGCUCUUACCUUACUCACUUAACUCAAGUGCCAUGGAGGAAUCAAGUAGUUGACCCUUCCUGCUGCAACCUUCUCUUUUUAAGCUUUCUUCCCGUCUGAUCAUUUCGAUCCCGAACCGGUUUGUUGACGUUUUGACCUCUCGCGACUGUUUUACGAGCUCCGACCAUCCGCAGACAUGAAGUACAUCAUCGGCAUCGGCGGCGUGACCAAUGGAGGGAAAACCACCCUCACCAACAGCCUGAUCAAGAACCUGCCCAACUGCUGUGUAGUACACCAGGAUGACUUCUUCAAGCCCCAAGAUCAGAUUGAAGUUGGUGAAGAUGGCUUUAAGCAGUACGAUGUCAUUACUGCUCUGGACAUGGACGCCAUGAUGAGUACGAUCUAUGCAUGGCUGGAGAACCCGGUGAAGUUUGAGAAGUCUCAUGGCGUCAAUAACACCCUGGAUAAUGAGAUCGUCCCCAAGUCUGACCAUAAGGAGGAGGAGGAGACUCACAUCCUUAUCGUGGAGGGCUUUCUGCUUUACACCUACGGACCUUUGAUCGACGUGCUGAACCAACGUUACUUUAUUUCCAUCCCAUAUGAAGAAUGCAAAAAGAGGAGGUGCUCAAGGAACUACACGGUGCCAGACCCCCCCGGCCUGUUCGAUGGCCACGUCUGGCCCAUGUAUAAGAAACACAAGAAAAUCAUGGAGACAACAAAUGUUGACGUUUUGCAGCUAGAUGGAACCAAGUCAAAGGAACAGCUGUUCAACUUUGUCUAUGGCGACAUCCUGAACAACAUCCAGACAUCUCAAACAAAGGUCGUAUGAUCGGCUAAAGGGAGCACAUGCUCAGCCUGCAAGCAGAAGACCACCCUGCCUUAAGUUUCUACCUGGCAGCUCAUUUAGCUGACUGCUAUGAUUUUUAUGAAAAUGUAAAUGUUUAACUGAUGGCAUCAAAUGCUGGCAUGAUUUUUAUAUCGACCAUAUUUAUUGCUUUGUUACAGCCUAUACUCCAAGAGAGUUGAUGACACGUUCAGAAGAUGGUUGCAUUUAGUUGCAAAUACGUCAAUAAAUGGCCUCCUAUCAACUA